AUGAGCCCGACCUAUACUGUUACCAUCUUGCACAAGAAUUCUCAGGCCCUCUCUCUACCCUGCUUCGUGACAAACACCGAGAUUAUGCGCCCGUUCCUCUUUCCAAUCCUCGCUAUAAUCUACGCAAAGAAUUCUGUUGCUGGCACUCUAAGCAUUGUCGAUGUUGGUAGCCAGUGCAUGAUAUGGUCUAAUGAUAACCAUGGAUGCACGGGACAUUCGACUCCGUUUAGUCUACCAAAAAAAAAAAGACUGUUCGAGUUUCUAGAAUUGGGUGGAAGCGCCAUUGGUAACAGUCACGACCUUCCCAUGGUAUCGGUUGAAGCAUGCACUACGGAAAAGGGCCUGCCGGCGGUAUGGAUCUUAUUGGAGAAGACUGGGCGAGCCACUUUCUUCAACAAGCAAGGAGAUAUUUCGGCCUGUACACUGAGCGAUGGACUCAAAGUUGGUAGCAUGUGUGAUGCUGUGGAUCCAGAGGUCCUCCGUAAUUCGACCUUACAUUGA